CUGGGGGAGGGGGGGUGUAGAGAGGAGGGGAGUGGGAGCAGAGACGCAAACUGCGAAACAGGCCUCCACCCCUCCUGUCAGGGAUAUGGGACUCGGUCUGAGGUCCAUGCAGCAACCCUCUGCACCAUCGACACCUUUGAGCCAAACAAGCUAUGGAAAAAAGGGUCCAGUGUAAGAUGAGGGAAGAUUCUACUUGGUUUCUGCAGCUCUCUGUCUUCAGUACUUUAAAUUCACAUUCACAUCCUAGUCUCCCUGUGCUACAAACAUUUGUGCAAACAUACACUCUGCAAUUCAUAUCUUAAAGUUGCCAUAGCAGUCUGUGCAGUUUCCUCCUCCAACCACAUGGAGGCGCAGCAAGGUUCUCCUGACAGCAGCAGUGAGGAAUGUACUGUACUGGAGGCUGUGCCUGGGAAGGGAACUGGAGUAAUUUGCUCUCAGCACAAAGGAAAAGUUUCAACACUGUACUGUUUGCCAUGCGAGAGUCCUGUGUGUGAGGACUGUAUUGUGGGGGAGCAUGCAGGCCACUCCACCGACGGACUGACAAAAGCUGUAGAUGACCAGCGCUCAGCUUUGCAUGCAAGACUGGAUGCUGCUAAAAACAGGCUGCCCCAGAUAAGGGAUGCGCAAAAGACACUGAGGGAUAUCCUGCAGCAGCUGAGCUCUCAGAAGAGCUUGAUAGAGGAGGAUAUCCACUCCUCCUUCAGUGAACUGCACAAGACGCUGGACACACGCAAGAGCGUCUUGCUCAUGGAGUUAGAGGUUACAUAUGGACUCAAACAUAAGGUACUGCAGGCUCAGCUGGACACACUUCUGAAAGAAGAAGCCGUCAUUUGCAGGAACAGCAAUCUUACAGGAGAGGCUCUGGAGGGAGCCAGUGAGGCUCAUAUUCUUCAGACCCACAAAGACAUUGGAGAGAGACUGAGGGAGCUGGCCAGCCAGGGCCUUCCACUCCAGCCCGAGGAGAAUGACCAGCUUGAGCUCAUGAUAGAGGUUGAUGGACUUCGCAAGUCCAUUCACAACUUGGGGGCCAUCAUCACCACCAACGCUGUGGCCAGCCAGACUGAAGCUUCUGGUGAUGGCUUGGAACAGUGUGUUGUGGGCCAUCCGGCUUCCGUCAUCAUAACCACCAGAGACAAGUCUGGAGGCCUGUGCAAGUCGGGCAACGCCGUCAUCUCAGCGGAGGUCUACACGCCAGAUGGCAGUGUUGCAGAUGGAGAGAUCCUGGACCACAAGAAUGGGACUUAUGAGUUUCUGUACACCUUGCACAAGGAAGGGGACUUCAGUUUGGUACUGAGGCUGUAUGACCAGCACAUAAAAGGAAGCCCCUUCAGAUUAAAGGUGACCAGCUCCCCAGACGACUCUCCUCCAACCACCUCAGGAGCCAACGCUGCUUCCACAGGUUCCAGUGAUGGGGGAGCAAGGAGGCGCAGUGCCAAAUCUCCCGGCAGCAGGAGCCGACAGAAAGGGGUGCGGAGAGGAGGAAGCUUGUUCAGCACCCCUAAAAAGAAGGUAAACCCCAUUGAGGAUGACCUCAUCUUUAGAAUUGGAACAAAAGGAAGAAAUAAAGGGGAGUUUACCAAUCUACAGGGUGUAGCAGCCUCAUCAGAGAGUAUCCUGAUUGCAGACAGUAAUAAUCAGUGUGUGCAGAUCUUCUCCAACCAGGGAGAGUUUCAGAGUCGAUUUGGAGUACGCGGCCGAUCACCAGGGCAACUGCAGAGGCCCACUGGGGUAGCUGUGCAUCCAAAUGGUGACAUCAUCAUUGCUGACUAUGACAAUAAGUGGGUUAGCAUCUUCACAAGCGAUGGCAAAUACAAGGCUAAACUUGGCUCUGGACGGCUAAUGGGUCCCAAAGGUGUAUCCGUAGAUCAGAAUGGUCACGUUAUUGUCGUGGACAACAAGGCUUGCAUGGUGUUCAUCUUCCAGCCCAGUGGAAAACUUGUAACAAAGUUUGGCAGCAGAGGCAAUGGGGACACACAGUUUGCAGGUCCUCACUUUGCAGCAGUGAACAACAAUAAUGAAAUAAUUGUCACAGACUUCCAUAAUCACUCAGUCAAGGUGUUCAGUGCUGAAGGGGAAUUCCUGCUCAAGUUUGGCUCAAACGGUGAGGGGAAUGGCCAGUUCAAUGCUCCCACAGGCGUUGCGGUGGACGUGAACGGGAACAUCAUUGUAGCUGACUGGGGAAACAGUCGCAUACAGGUGUUUGACGGCAGCGGCUCGUUCCUCUCCUACAUCAACACGGCUGCGGAUCCUCUUUACGGGCCGCAAGGUCUGGCCUUGACUUCCGAUGGCCAUGUUGUGGUGGCCGACUCUGGGAAUCACUGUUUCAAGGUAUACCGCUACCUUCAGUGAUUUGGGAGUAACACUACUGACACAUGGCAAUGUUUCAUGGAUAUCAUGUCUAGAUCUUACACUUGAUUUGCAAAUGUAUCCAUACUCCUAGCCCCCCAUCCCCCCAUGUUAACCACUUCCUUCUUGCUGGAAUGGGCUUCUGUGGCUUGGAUACAGUACCUUUCAUUAUUGUGACUACUAUCAAAAGAAUAUUUAGGCGGGCUAUCUCUCAUCAAGAAAUUAGCAGCCUCUGGAAGUCUUUGCCAAAUACCCACUUCAUUGUGGUAUAGCGUUUUGGGCAGCCAAGACUGUGAAAGCAUACAAAGAGCAUUAUGGUAUAUUUGGGAGUCACGCAUGUCUUGCUUUCACUGUUCUGCCUUGCUCUCUGUGCGUGAUCAACAUAAACUGCUGCCAUAUGGAAAUCUUGUAACUUCAUUACCAUAAGGUUUUUUUAAUCCAAUUUGUACACAUCCGCUGCCCUCCACAUUUCGGGUAUCAUUCCGUUAGAGUGAACAAACAGAAAGGGUACAAAAUUACUUGGAAUAAAAUCUCAAUAAAGAUUUUAAGUACUUUUUUUUCUUUCCCUUAAAAUUCCUUUUUGGAGAUUUGAGGUUUUCUUAAAAAGUGACAAAACACACCUUUCAGUAGAGCCUGUUCUAACACUUUCCAAAGUUCUUCAAAGCAUUCAUCCCAAGACCACUUCGCAGACACUAUCCAAAUAAGUCCUGAAAGUAGUCUAUCAGUUGAUUCAUACAUACAAACCACAGAAGUGUAACUGAUGCAGGUAAGCAUCAUAUGAUUACGGUCUGAUGCUUUUCUCAGUGAUUUCAUUAGGGUUGCAGGUUCCCUCUCCACAUUCCAUCUCCUAAUACAAUACAUAAAACAAGAGAUUUGAAAAAUGCAAAACUAAAAUUUAUAGUAAUUUGUCAUAACAAAUUUUGGAGGUUUACCAGCCUACAAGUAAAUCCACACAACACACUAUUGUCUUGACUCCUUCUAGGAUUAUGCUAGCUCUUAAUUAGCAAAUAUUGGGCCUAUAUUUUUAUUUAAAAUAUUUAAAAGGGAAAAAAUAUAUAUUUAUGUAUUUAUUUUAAAUAAUGUUUCAAAGUAAAGUGGAAAACGUGGUCAGUUUGCACUAGUUUCAUUUCCUGUAGAAUGUCAAUUUUCUUUUUUGGCCAGUUGUAUUUAAGUUUUUCAGUUUAAUGUCAGGUUUAAUAGUGCUUGCCCAUCCAUCAUUCUGAUCAAUAUGGUGGGGAUUCUUAGAGGCAUGUUUUAUACACUAAUUAUGAUAGAAUAUUAAACACCGCUCCAUUCGUUCAUGAUGCAUUUCAAUGGCAAUAGUACUUAUAAUUACAUCAACAAUAAAGGUAUCAUAAUGGUCAUUCUAAAUUCUUGCUGUUACAUUUUUCAUAUUGCUUUCCAGUUUUGUUCAUGUUUAACUCUUUACUCUUGUACUGAUUAUUUCAUUUGUACUAAUGAAGAAUCUUGUUUAUUAGACAAAAUAAGAUUUCCCUUGAAUAUUGAUGUCCUGUGCAAA